ACGGUAGAUACACGAUCAAGAAGACAAUCGUCGAAAACCCAACGAAACAAACUCUCACUUUGCUGUUCAUCGAAACUGUCUCCUUUUCUUGUCUGAAUCUCUUACAGAUAAUCGAUGAUUUAAUGGACGAAAACUCGACAACCCAAGUAGAAGAACCAUUCCAAUUCCAAUUCCACCCAAUACCCAAUUUCCAAAUCCCUUUCGAUCUGUUUGUGUCCAAGAAGCGCAAUGGGAUUGGCACCCGAGGGUUUCUCAGAUUCACUGAUUCCGCAGGUAAUUUGGUGUAUACAGUUGAUAAAUUGAGCCAUAAAUCACACUGCAGAAAGCGACUUCUGGAUUCGUCUGGCAAUGCUCUCUUCUCCAUAAUUCGAUUGCAGAAAGGAUCGUGGCAAGGCUUCAAAGGAAAUGAAGAAGGGAAUCAUUUGUCGUUUGUUGUAGAAAAAACGGUAGAUGAGUUCACCAGAACUGAAUUCAAGAUAUUAUUCGCCGCUGAAAAUACCCAAGACGAAUUGAAGACAGAGUUGCAGAUGAAAGGGUGCCCCUUCAAGAGAGCCUGCACCAUUUACAAAGAAGACUCCAUUGUAGCUGAGACUAGUCUUAUGAACAAGCUUGGGAUUGCAAAGCAUUUUGUACCUAGAAGUCGAUUUCGGGUAACCAUUUUUCCUGGAUUUAGUGAUCACAGUUUUGUGGCUUCUCUCGUCGUGAUCUAUUUCGACGGUAGAAAGCUUUGGAUAUGAGCCGACUUAGUUCGUCCGGUGUUGUCUGUCGUAUAGUUCUAUACUGGACGGGAGUUGGUUGAUGAUCUAUUCUGGUAUCGAACAAUCAUGAUCGAUCUUUUUUCUUGUUUAUUGUACUUACAAUAUUCAUGUCUAUUUAAUUGUCGUCGAACAUAUUGUUUCAUGCAAUAAAAUACAACAGGGAUAGGCAUAGUCAUGCAUCAUCUACUCAAAGAAUCUUAGAUCAUUGCCUGUUCUUGAGGGUGUGCUCGAUUGAUGACCUCAUUUCUGCUCGUCAAACCAAAACCGAUUGGAAAUAAAGGAUCGUAAGACUCAUCUUCGGCAUGCAUAGGAAGUUGUUCGACAUUUUUGAACCAAGUAACCGGAAGUUGUCCUUGGAAAUCAUGAUCUCCGAAAAUAACAUCUGUGAUCCCGUUCCCCUCGCUGCCGGGAAGCCAGGCAGCAACGAGAGAUUCCAUCUUUUCCAAAAGCUGUGGUUGCAAAGCCAAAGGCCUCCCUGAUAUCAAGAUCACCAGAGUCGGGAUAUCAUCAGCGACUGUGCUUAUUAGUUCAGCUCCAUUAAAAUGAAUUUCGAGUGUGCUGCUGUCACCACCAGAUUCGCAAUAUGGAGCUUCGCCUACAACAA